AUGGUGCUGCCACGACCAAACAGCACACUUCUGGACUCCAUUUCCAACGCCGCAGAUCGUCUUGAGCACAUCGCUGUCUCCUUUGCUUUCGACGUACAGACACUCUUCCAUAGGCUCGUGCAAACAGAUUUCAAAGCGCUCAAGACUCUCGCACUUACGCCUUCUUUCAGUAAUUACUCUGAGAGCCUCUUAGUUGAUGCUGCAGAGGCAGUGACGAAGAUGCACGCUCUCCAACUUCUAGAAAUUUGGAAUUUCGAAGCUGGUCAAGCUGACUUUUUCCGGUACGAGAGACUCGAUCGAUACCAAGGUCAUAUCAUUUGGCAUAUCACCGAGGACCGCGAGCUCUCUUCAGUCGUGGUACAGAGUUGGAAAGAUCUGCUGAGGACAGGUCAGAGUGGGCUCGAAGUCAAAUGUAGCAGUUUUCCGGUGGAGAUGGAACGUCCUCAGGAUCUUCUUCCUCAUUUGAAGUUGGGCCAGCAGAUUCUUCGUAAUUUCACCUAGAGGUAGAAUUAGGCUCAAGAGACUAUGGCCAGAGACCUUGGUGAGGAACUCACACCGGACUACCUUUUCCAUGUUCCUGUUUUCUACGGCACCACCACGUAAUAAAAUUGUCACUGAGUUCCAUUGUCCCGA